CUCACAGUACACUUAUUGCUAUUCAAAAGCUUAAAAACUUAAAGUUAUGGGCGAAUUCGGAAACGUCUUCUAAAGAUAGAUUUUCCUUCGGGACUUUAUUUAAUCGAUAUGUUAAAAGAAUUUCUAUAGACUUCUAUAGUAUUAACAGUCUUUAAGGCGUAUAUGUACAUGGAGGGGGGGUAGAAAUCAAUCAAUAUUCUUCUUGAAACCAAAGUAAAAAAUCGAAUGUGGGAUUUCUUUUAAUCUUAUCGAGGGUGUAUAUUUACUUGAAAAUAUACACCCCCUUUUGAAAAUAAUGUUUUACUCAGAAUGUAUGUUUGCGUUGUGCAAAAUUUAAAUCAGCUGUUGGCUAUUUAUUCGCUGAUAUGGAAAAAUAUUAUGUUUCGGGAAAAAAAAUUUCGGGUAAAAAAUCAAGAAUUUACAUAGUUCAUCCAAUUUAGCUUAGAAUGGUUAAAAGGUCAAAUAUGGCGGGGAAAAAAACAGUAAAAUAGCCCCAGGCCCAUUUAGAUAAAUAUUUUAAAAUGCAAAAAAAAAUGUAUUUGAGCUUUUACCCUUAUGCUUUCUAAGAACGGGUUGCACUUCUGGAAAUUUUUUUCAGGGGCACCCCGCCCCCCCGCACUCCCGGCUCUUCCCAUAUAAAAACCAUUUUGUAACCCCCCUUAUGUGACUUUAUAUUUACAAAUAGUGUAAGCUACACAUUAAUAAAGAAACUGGUGAGAGUGGAAUCAUAAACAAAACACAUUUUAAAUUAAAUCCUAGUAAAAUAUCAGGUUCCAUGCGUUCACUACUAACAGCAGCAGUUUUAAUCUGCCCUCAGAUGGUAAUUGGAUCCUUUGUAAUGUGUCCUUACUGCGACCCAAACUAUUUGGCAUAUCCUAAUCUCAAGGAACCUUGUAGAGGUUAUGAUCUGCCCAUGGGAAACCCAAAUCCUGACAGAGGAAAAACAGAUCCAGGAAUUAGAAAUCAGAUAUUUAAUCCCAUGAUACAAAAUGCAGAUGGGUACUAUGCUAUGAGGGCAGGGUUUCUGACUGCAAACAUAAUGAUAAAGUGUGAUGCUAGCUGGAAUUCAGAAGUUUUUGAUAACUUUAAGGAUUAUGUGAAAGGAAAGGCUUCGUCCUUGACAACCGGAGUGGGAAUAUCAUUGACUCCAGAGGUUGAUUUAAAUGCUGGUGCUCUGGGUAUGGAUGCUCAAACAAAGAUUCCUUCAAUCUUCAGUCGAAGCUCUGGUGCUGGAGGAGAUGUAGAGAAAACCAAAGAUUUCUUUACCAAGGAAAGAGGAUCCAUAGCAGUUUCCGAAGCAAUUUGCAUUACUCAAAGGGUGGAUAUAAGUGACAGAUCAAAGAAAAUGUUGUUAAGGGUGGAUAUAAGUGACAGAUCAAAGAAAAUGUUGUUAAGGGUGGAUAUAAGUGACAGAUCAAAGAAAGCCUUCAUGGCUCCAUUUGAAAGUAUUGUCCAGCUUCUUUACAAAACAACUGCAGCUGAUAAUGCGACGAAGCUGAAAGUUUUUAAGGGAUUUGUAAGAGAGUUUGGGACUCAUUAUUCCUCAAGCACAGAUAUGGGGACUAAGCUUACUAUAGAGCGAAGAUAUACUUCUCAAGAGAGAUCUGAGGCUGGGAAAGAUGAGAUAAAAGCUUGCAACACAUUGGUUGGAAGCCAACUUUUCGGCUUUCAAACUGAAAUUAAUGAGAUUAACUGUACAAACAACAACCUAAUGAAGAUGGGAUCUGAAUCUGAUAACUUGGAGAGAACUGUCAUUUCAACCUAUGGAAGUUUUAUUGCUGAUAGUUUGAUAGAAUGGACUAAGCAAGUUGUCACCUUGGUGCAGAAUAAUGCUUUCGAACCACAUUCCAUCAAACGGAAGUUGGUUCCAAUUCAAGAUCUUUUUACAAGUCAGAAUUUUGAUCAUAUUUUAAUUGAUGGAAAACCAAUGAAUGUUUCUAUCAUCCUACCAUGGUUUACAGAUCACAUGGAUAGGUAUUGUGAAAUAUUUGAAGUUGAUUGUAACCUGACUGGUUGUGGGGUGGAUGAUAAAUGCCCAGAAAAUCAGUUUUGCGUGGAUAAUACAAACAAGACCCUUGGAGAAGACGGAUUAAGAUAUACCUGUGCAUUCAAAGAAGUUGAAGUUGUACUUUUCAAUGGACAGAGUUAUAUUGGAGAAGUAAACAUAAAGAACCUGCCCCAUGGUACAGGAAAAUUAUUUAGAGAUAAACUACGAGAGCAACUAGAGUAUGAAGGAUCUUUUAAAGAUGGUCUCAUGGAUGGGGAAGGUACUUUUUAUUACAAGGAUGGAGCAAUACAGUACAUUGGGCAUUUUGAUAAAGGAAUGAUAAAUGGAUAUGGAGUACAUUACUAUGAGAAUGGCCGGGUUAUGUAUGAUGGUGAAUGGAAAUUUGGAAGUUUUGUUAAAGGAAAAUUAUUUACUGAGGAAGGAGAUUUAUUCAAUGAAUAUUUAUGAUGGAACAUUGCAAAAUUAAAGAAAUAAAUACUUGACCAUACAUA